CAACAUCUAGGCACAAAGGCAUUCCAUAAGAAAGAAAACACAGAUCAAAACCAUGACUAGAAUCUCAUUUUCUGCUCUACUUCUGAUUGCUCUGUUUCUCUCCUUUGGCAAUGAGCAGGUGAUAGCGGCAGUGGAUGCCUCAUCAGAAUGUGACCACCCGUUGCGUGAUGCAAACUGCACACAAGAGCAAUGUAAUGCCCUCUGCGUCAAGACUUAUGGGGACAAGGGGAAAUUUGGAUUCCCAGUUUAUGGAGUUUGCAACAACCUUAAGAAAACUUGUACCUGCCGCUUAUGUUAAGGUGUAGAAGUUAGAGUCCUAGAGAUUACAACUUAUGCUUCGUUUGGUUAUGAGCUCACAUUCCAAACUUCAUUCAGAAUAAUAAAAAAAAGUAUUAUCU